GUAUGGCGCGGCCGUGGUCGCGGCAGCUAGGGGUAGUCAUCACGCCGAGCCGCGAGAGCGCAGCACCGUCGGUUUCUCGCGAAAACGAGCGAGCUGUCCUGUAUUCUCCCUCUACAGUAUUUGGUGCAAGCAAGCAAGUACUGUAUUCGUAUUGUGACCAGAAUUGUAAGCUAUAAUAAUAAAGUAAUAACGUAACAUUACUGCAGUGUCUCGAUAUGGCGUUAACCGGCGAUUGCAGUGUGGUAUCAAGAAUUUUAAAAUGUGUAAAUUUCGCUGCUACAAAACACAAAGACCAAAGGCGAAAGGACCCAGAGAAAACGCCAUAUGUUAACCAUUCUAUUGGAGUGGCUUACAUCUUGACAGAAGAAGCAAACGUGACUGAUGUUGACGUCAUAGAAGCAGCACUUCUUCAUGACACUGUUGAAGACACCGAAACAACAUUUACAGAAAUUGAGAAUGAGUUUGGAGCUGUUGUGAGGAAGUUGGUGGAGGAGGUUACAGAUGAUAAAACAAAACCCAAACAAGAAAGAAAAAGACUGCAGAUAGUUCAUGCGAGCACCACCAGUCCGGGAGCAAAACUAAUCAAGUUGGCUGACAAACUGUACAACCUUCGUGACCUUGAACGGUCAGUUCCUGAAGGCUGGACGAUUCAGCGAGUGGAAGAAUACUUCCAGUGGGCACAGAAAGUUGUUCAGGGUUUACGAGGCACAAACAUUUAUAUAGAGCAGACUCUAGAUGAUAUAUUUAAGAGGAGGGGACUUUUGUAGCAUUUGUAUCUGUUUCAACUGGUUUAAGUGUAUCUUUGUACAUAGCGUGAUAAUAUUGUAAGAAAAUUAAACUUUCAUUUUGCAAAGUA